UCUGUCUCAGGAUGCGCGAGGAGAGCGGAGGAGAGGGGAAGAGAGAGGGGAAACCGCCGAUGGUGAAGGGUCCAGGGCUCGGUUAACGGGGAAACAAGGAUACCGGCCCAUCUCCGUUUGUCCUGGGCAGCUGGGCAAUGACAGACUCACCGAACGGGGGACUUUGAGAUAUGAUGAGGCUUUUUUCUGGUUGGUUAUAGUACUAUGAUUUGGUAUGUGGCCACUUUGAUAGCAAGUGUAUUCAGCACCCGAGGAACGGCCGCUCAAGGUGCCCACGGAGUGCGAGAGGAGCCCCAGUUUGUGACGGCACGCGCAGGAGAUAGCGUCAUCUUGGGAUGCGACGUGCCUCACCCGCUGAACGGAAAGCCCUAUGUGGUGGAGUGGUUCAAGUAUGGAAUGCCAAUCCCUUUCUUCAUCAACUUUCGCUUCUACCCUCCUCAUGUGGACCCAGAAUAUGCCGGUCGGGCCAUUCUGCACGGCAAGUCGUCCCUGCAGAUAGAGAACGUGCGUUCAGACGACCAGGGCUGGUACGAGUGUAAAGUGCUCAUGCUGGAGCAGCAGUAUGAUACCUUCCACAACGGCAGCUGGGUGCAUCUGACUGUAAACGCCCCUCCCACAUUCACAGACACACCACCUCAGUAUGUCGAGGCCAAGGAACGGGGGAGCAUCACGUUGAGCUGCACGGCGUUCGGCAACCCAAAACCCUCUGUCAGCUGGCUGCGAGAAGGCAGUCGUCUGAUCAGCAGUGCCAAGUACAAGGUGUCUGAUGGGAAUUUGACGGUGCUAUCCAUCACCCGGGAAGAUCGCGGGGCCUACAUGUGCCGAGCCUUCAGCCCCCAGGGAGAGGCCAUUCACACAACAAGGCUGCUAGUCCAAGGCCCUCCGUUUAUUAUCUCACCACCAGAGAACAUAACAGUGAACAUCUCGCAGGAUGCCUUCUUCACCUGCCAGGCGGAGGCCUAUCCUCGCAACUUGACGUACACCUGGUUCUGGGAGGAGGACAACGUCUUCUUCAAGAAUGACCUCAAGCGGAGAGUCAGUAUUCUCAUUGAUGGCUCCCUCAUCAUUGUGCAAGUCAAGCCGGAGGACACUGGGAAAUACACCUGUUCUCCCAGCAACAGCCUAGGCACACCGCCGUCUGCCUCUGCCUACCUAGCAGUGCAAUAUCCUGCCCGUGUGGUAAACAUGCCAUCUGUCAUUUAUGUGGCCAUUGGUCUCCCAGGCUUCAUCCGCUGCCCAGUAGAUGCCAACCCUCCUCUGACUCUGGUUAAGUGGAAAAAAGACGGCCUCCCUCUACGGAUAGACAAGUACCCUGGUUGGAGCCAGAUGGAUGAUGGGAGCAUCCGUGUUGCAGAGGUGACAGAGGAUUCUCUUGGCACCUACACCUGCAUGCCUUACAAUACCCUGGGAUCCAUGGGAUGGUCUCCUCCUGCUCCCCUGGUGCUAAAGGACCCUCCAAAAUUCUCUGUGGUUCCUGGAGGGGAGUACAGGCAGGAGGCUGGAAGGGAACUUGUCAUCCCAUGUGAAGCAGAGGGAGAUCCUUUUCCGAAUAUCACAUGGAGGAAGGUAGGGAAGCCCAGUAAAAGCAAGCACAAUGUUCUGCCUCGGGGCAGCUUACAGCUGAAGUCGCUCACAAAGGAUGACCACGGGGAGUGGGAGUGUGUCGCCACCAACGUUGCCACAAGCAUCACUGCCAGCACGCAUGUCCAAGUCAUAGGCACAAGCCCCCACGCCCCCACCAGCGUCCGCGUCGCCACCUCCUCCACCUGGGCCAACGUGUCCUGGGAGGCCAGCUAUGACGGAGGCUUCCAGCAGACAUACUCAGUCUGGUACGGCCAUGUGCUGAAGAGGGAGCGUUUAGGUCCACACGACUGGGUUUCCAUACCAGUACCUGGAGGCCAGGACUGGAUGGCGGUGCCGGGCUUGGAGCCAGAGACAACGUACCAGUUUAGUGUCCUGGCCCAAAAUAAGCUUGGCACAGGCCCCUUCAGCGAGGUCGUCACUGUGAACACUCUAGUAUUUCCUACAAGUACCCCUGAACCAUUGGUGCUGCUUACCCCACCACGGUGCCUCACAGCCAAUCGCACGCAGCAGGGAGUCCUGCUCACCUGGAUCCCACCUGCCAAUCACACAGCACCUAUCCAGCAUUAUGUAAUGGAGUUCCGUCUGGGGGAACGAUGGGAGAUCUUGGAUGACAGCAUUCCUGCAGGAGAGCUGGAGCUGCUCGCCCGAGACCUUAUCCAGGAGGCCUGGUACGAGUUUCGCAUCAUGGCCGUCAUGGACGACAUGGUCAGCGAGCCCAGUAACGUGGUGGGAGUGUCCAGCACAGAUUUCUUCCCCCCUCCAGAGAUGGUGGAGGAGCGUGGACUGACGCGGCCUGUGGUGGCUGGCAUCGUGGCCACCAUCUGCUUCCUGGCUGCAGCUGUCCUCUUCAGUACGAUGGCCGCCUGCUUUGUCAACAAGCAGCGCCGGAAGAAGCUCAAGAAGAAAAAAGAUCCCCCUCUGUCCAUAACCCACCUCAGAAAAAGCAUGGAAACACCGAGUCCACUUAGUUUCUUUCCCAGCCUUGAGUCCUACUGGGAAGGGUUGGCUGCACAGUACAAACCACAAUCCUCCAGUCCUCAGUCAUCUUCAGGAAAGGUGAGUCCGGAGAGCAUACGUUCAAAGGCAUCUCCAUCAGAAUCGUCCGAAGAGAGUCAUGACCAGCGUGGAAGGAAACCUCCUCCCAGUCCAGGAAGGAAAGAAGAGUUAUCCUUAUACAAGAAGACCAAAAGAGCAAUAACAAGCAAGAGGUACAUGUCCAAGCAUGAAGCUGAACCAACAACACCUAUUGAACUUAUCAGUCGAGGCCCAGAUGGACGAUUUGUCAUCGAUCCCACUGAUGCAGAAAUGUCAGUCAAGCCCCGCCGUAUUGAGGGCUUCCCCUUUGUGGAAGAAUCAGACCUUUACCCAGAAUUUCGGCAGUCGGACGAAGAGAAUGACGAUCCCAGGCCUCUUCCACCAGUUAUGGCACCGCUUCGGCCUCACCAAAUUUCCCCAAUCUCCAGUCAGGAAUCUUACCUCCAGCCUCCAGCCUACAGUCCUCGUUUUCACAGACCUUUUGAAGGUAUGACCAUCAUGGAGAGCAGCCAGCUCCAUGCCACAGGACAGAUCCGAGGCUCUCUCCACCAUAGAGCUUUCUAUGGCUAUCUAGGACCACCAGGAGAUCACGAUCCCCCGCCUCCUUUCUACAUGCCUGACACCAGCCCUCUGAGGUCGGUCAUGUCCUCUCCUCCAUACUUUGCUGAGGGUCCUUUUGCGCACCACAUGAUUCCUGAAGAAAUCGGAGAGGGUGAAUUUCCACAAUACGCCGUGUCCAGCUUCCCACUCCCUCUGACACUGACCUCUUCCUCUCAUUCACCAGAGAUUUGGCAGGGACUAGAUUUUACCUUUUCAAGUCUGGAGGGGCCUCAAUUUAUAUUCCCCCCACACCACCCUCUGCAUACCCGCCAUGAUCCUCCCUACGCCUCUCCACCUCAUGUGCUUCCCCUUAGCGCUUUCCAGCACUCUUCCCUUCCAAUGCCUACCUACCCAACAGUCCUGCCACUUGAGGCCCCAAGUGGCAGAAUGUCAAAGAGUCAUAAAAGCAAGUCUCCCAGCAAGGCCAGGCCUCAUGGCUCCCCAGCCAGGCAUUUAGCUAUGCAAGAGGCACAUUUAGGGCAGCUAAGACCUUCAGGCCAUAGUAUGGGUGUGCCAGUUUUGUCUUAUACUGAUCCAAUGGCUCAUAUCGUCCCCAGCACAUUCAGUAAUCUGGAUACACGAUGGUUUGAAACCACCCCCCGUUUUAGUCCCAGACAGACUCGUAGGAUGGAUUCUGGCUUGCAUCAGGUGGUUCUUCAACCCUCUCGACUUUCACCCCUUACCCAAAGCCCCCUUAGCUCUCAAGAGGGCUCCCCAGAGAUUGUAGUGCGCCCACGCCCACGUCCAAGCAUUGUGCAGCCUCCCAUACCCCCAGGGAUGUCUGAGAUUACCCUGCUUCCACCGUCCACAGCCAGCUUUUCAAGGAGAUCAUCCCCAUCCUCAUCACCUGCUCAAGGUCAGGGUAGCAGGAGAACAAGCCCCAGCUACCGUUCCCACAUGGCUUUUGCCACCGCUGCAACCAGUUACCCAGCUUCCCAGUCCCCAUCGCCCCCCAUGGAAAGCAGCAGCAUAUUUGGGCAAAUGCCAGCUCAUAGGAGGACUGAGGAGGAGAUCCUUCCAUCUGAGCCCUCUCCACCCCAGUUGUCAGCUUCAGGAAAACGUCGAGGUGCGUCGAGUGCCCAUUUGGGGUCUGAGAGGAGUGAUGCACUGAGAUACCAGCGCGUUAGAAAGGCCAAGAAGAUGACGAUGAACAACAAUAACUCAAAGACCAGAAAGAAAGCAGGUGUCUCCACCUCUCAGACCCAGCAGGCCUACACCUCUCAGGUACUCCAGCCCGAGGAAGCGCGCUACCUCUCCAAGAAGAAGAAACGGCCCAUUCUUCAUGACCCGUAUGCUCGCUUUUCUGCUCUGCUGUACCGCCGUCCACCACGGGAGGACCAGAAGGCCAUUUUAGCAAGCAUGGACAACAUGGACCUAGACCACGCCACCUUCCUUUGAAAGGCCCCGGGGAUGAGGUCACAACUCGGGACAGGCUCCCAUUACCAUUCCAUCAAUACGCUGCAGUUAGACAAGACAGCAAAGUCAGUGGAAUGUCUUUAUUUCCAUUAUCUACAAAAUGGAGUACAUGUCAGAGUACAGAUUUAGUGCAAUCUGUAGGUUCACACUUGUUUUAUUGGAUCUGCAUUCAUCAGUGGAUUGCUGUUGACAAUAACCUAGAGUACUCUAGGGCAUAAACUGAACAAAGACUUCUAAAUCUAAACAUUUUCUAGUAAAAAAUUAUAUUCUAGUACAAAUCAGUUUGUCUCGUUUUACUUUAACUAAGAGUAGUACGGAAGAGGAUCUAGAGUGAUCUCCCAGAUUGGAGUUGUAGCUGUAAGGCAGUUCCUGUGGAAAAAAGUCUGGAGGAUUUGUUAAAAAAAAGCGAUGCGCCGAGGCACAAACGUGUCCUGCAUCAUUUUAAAUCGGCUAGUGCAUCCUUCUGAAAGUGACUUUACUGAUUUUGAGAUUCCAAUUGAACAUUUACUCCAGUGCAAAAGUCAAAAUUUUACAAACAGGUGGCGGGACUUUUAUCAUUCGACACUCUUUCCCCCAACGUUGUUCCGGAGUCCCCUUUAUUGAGAGAGUCUAAAUGAUUCAUGCUAAGCUCCCACACCUCCGUUUACAGGUCCUUCCAAUGAAUUCUCUGCCUCACAUUUAAGGACGAUCUUACUUCCUACCAACUUUACCUCAGAGCACACGAGACCACACAACCGCCAGAGUCGACCUGCUCAGCUCUUUGACUUCUCCUGUCCAAAUAAGAAACACUCUUUCUUCACUACUGCAAUGCUGAAAAUGUACCUUUCCUCUGGUUUUAAAAGGGGCCAUAUAUUUCCUGUCCAGCUAACCUACGUCAGAAAAUGCCGAAGCUAACCAGAAGCUGACAUUCUAAGCUUUUCUGCUCUGCUGUAAAUAAUCAGGACAGGAACUCACUUGUUUUAGGAAUGUCAAAGAAACGAAAAAACAAAAACCUUUAACUUAUUCCCUCGCUCUAAGCUGCACUCUUUAUUUGUUAUAAUCCAGUCCACUGGGAUGCAUUCAAAAGGCAAAUCAGAUGUGGAGACGUGGCAUUUUCAACCAUCACCAUAGAAAUCGUUAGUUUAGUAGGAAGCAGUACACACGCUCUAUUUGCAAGAGCUUCUGCUUAAACAAGUGCUACUUUUGUCUGACAGCUGUUUGCACUGGAGCAAAAAUCUCAUCAGUUCCAUUACAUUUGCUUUUUCCUUUUCUGAGGGCUCCAAAUUUUGUUGAGAAACUUUUUGCCAAAAGUUUUAUUUAAAAUUUGAGUAGAUGUUGGAAGAUAGGAUUUUGUACCUUGGUAUAUCAGUGUAAACAUAAAGAACACACUGUUUUCUUUGGCCUGAAAAAUACCUUUUUGCCUGUUUUACAUACUAGUUUGUUUUUUUAAAAAUUGUGCUCCAUUUUUUUGUAUAUUCUUCUUAUGCGAGUCGAUCUGAGUUCAGAGAAAAGCAGAACACGUUUAAGGUAAAACAAAGUGAGCCAAAAAGGUUGUGUUCAUCUGCAUUUUCCACUGGAAUUGGCAGAGCUUUACUGUUUAUCUGCGUUUUGUUUAAAACUGCAUGAGAAUGAGGACUUUUCAUUUACAACAAGGUGCCAUAACUGCAUCAACUGCAUCCUACUCUGCACAUUCUGCUGCUCGAUGGCGCUCUAAAUCACAAACGGUGGACAUGCGCAGCAACAAUUAGCCCGACAUUAUAUUUUUUAUUUUUUUAAACCUCAACGGUGCUCAGUUUCUUUGAUUUGUGCAAGUACUUUAAAAUCUCACGGGGACAUUUGCUGUGAAAAUGUCUCAUGUCGGAUAUGCAUUUUAUUUGAUUCUUUUUGUGUGAUCUUAAGCUGCUGGUCCUACGAAGCCUUCAGACGUUUGUCAUGUCUAUCAUUUUCAUUUGUUUGGUCUGGUUAAGGUAUUUCCACAGUACAUGCAGACAGGAGUGCUAACCGUGGGCUAAUCGGGAAAAUAUUUAAAAAAUGUAUAAUGAAAAAGAUAUGACUAAAUUUCAUUAAAAUUUUCAAAAAACUAACAAUAAAACUGUUAAAAAAAGAUGCACACAUGCAGGUAGAACCUAAAUAAAUUAGAAUGUCCUGGUUUCACAAAGAGAGAUAUAUUUUUAUUAGUUGAAAUAAUUAUGGCUUAAAGCAAAUGAAAACCCAAAUAUAUUGAAUUUAACAAAUCCCAGCAGAGGAAAAUAAGCUUGGAUUGUUAAAAACAGCUGAUGAUCGCAGAGCAGUGACAUACAGCAGCUGGUUUUGUUGGGGACACUAGAUCAGUACAUCCCUUCCAAAGACGGGUAGACCCCUAAAGUUGAUUGGUGUGUUGCUGAGAGCUGUAGAGAGCAAAUGGCUUCCUUAACAACGUCUGAUGUUAAGGAAUCAGGAAUCAGACGCUGAUACACUGUAUUCAUGUAGAAAUUCAUACAAAAGGAGAUCCGUCCAGUUUCUGACUACAUGUACCGCACAGUAUAUGUACAAACUUUUUAACGGGACCAAAUUUCUGCAUUAAGAACAUCCAUUUUGUUACUACUAUGUAACACAGCAAUUCUGUUUUACUAAAUAUUUGGUUUUUGUUUGCUAUAAGGCAUAAUGAUCAAAAUGAACAGACAGUAAAGAGUAACUUACAACGUAUUGAUUAGGAUUUAAUGAAUCGCUCAAAUGCUCUUGUGUUUUGGGUUAAGAAGGAAACGUGCCUCCGCAGAUGUCAUCUAGUGUGGAAAUAACUUAGAAUUGAUCACGUAUAUGAAUGUUUGAACAAAUAUAAAUCCUCAAUCUUGCUUCAACGUUACUACUAUUGUCAACAGAUAGAUCAAGCAGCAACAGCUCGUCAACGGCUAAUCGUUGGCGAUAUCCUUUAGCGUCCUGAGGUAUUCUAAGGUCUAGCUCAAACACAACACUGUCUUCACAUUCUGAUGUGACGGUGAUUGAUCACAGGUGCUUCAGCAGUGGUGUCAAACAGGGGCUCUUCAAUCAGCUACAGGUGCUACAAGAGGAGCUGACAGAUCCUUCCAAAAAAAAAAAAAAAAAAAAAAAAAGGACAAACUCUCACGUCUGGAACUGUAUUUUUCUAGUUCUUGAGGGGAAAUAAGAGGAUGUCGGAAGUCCUGACUGGAUUCAAAAUCCCAUCAGGAAGGAGAGCUAAAACUGGUCAACCUGAUGUUGCUGCCAUAAUAAAAAAUAAUGUAUUGCUGUUAAAAGAAAAAAAAACAGGGCGUCUCAGAUUCCCUUUUGCUUUGAUUGACUGUCACGAUCGACUCCUUUCGGGAGAGCGGGGUUGUGAACCUGGGGGGUGGGAUUUGCAGACACUUUUGAAAACCUGCAGCAGUCGAAGCAGACACGAGAGCGAUGCGUAUGGAUUUCCUAAUUGAGGCGUGGUUAUAUUUUACAGUAUGACAGUUUAAUUGUGGCAUAACGGAUAAAGUGAAACUGUUCUCAAAAUACUGAAAACCAGACUACGGUUAAAAUCGAUACAAAUUUCACACAGCCUGCAUUAGCACCAAACAUAUAUGUAUGCACUGUUUGUACGUGUUUGGUAUUUACACAGCAAGGUUCUUUUAAAAUCCAGUCUGAAGGGCAAGUUGCAUCAGAACUUGUUUUUUUUUUUGUUUUUUUGUUUUUUUUUUGAGUAGUAGUUUUGAGGUUUCGUUUGUCCUGGAUGGCAGAUUUGGACUGAAUAAGCUGGACGUAAAGCAGCAGCUACAGUAACCGCAGUUACGAUUCAUUAACUUAAAUAGAAAGGAGGUUCCCUGUUGGAACACGUAACCAUCCAGGAGAUGAAUCUGUCUCCCAGUGAUUCUCUGUUAUUUUUGUAUAACCACGAGAUUCAUAUAAAUGUGUAGGAUUGCAUCCGCGUUGGAUGUCUCAUGACGUCAGUUGAUUGACUUUAAAGCCGUAGUCUGUGUUCUUCGACAGACUACAGCUUCGUAGUGAGAGAAAAUGACAAACCGAAAUAAUCCCACCGCCUUUCUGUAGUCUCGGCUGUAAUGCUGCUAAAGAAGAAGCCGGAAGGGAGACAGUAAUUGAUGUGAAAUCUGACGAUCGACAGUGAAAACGUCUGCAGUUUCACCAAUAAAGGUUUUGAUAUGAUGUGAGUAGAGAUGGUAGAUCUGAACUGGAAAGAGCCACACUUCAAAAAGCUAUCCCUCUAGAAAUCAUAAAGACUAAUAAAUAUCACUUUUGUAUAAAUUGAGAAAGAUUAAAACGUGAACACAUGGGUACUAAUUGAUGCUGUGAUUGUUUUCGCCACAUUUAAUUGUAAAUUGAUUUAUACGAAGUGAAAUCGAAGGUUUAGAGACCAGCCUGUUCUAAACAAAACACUAUGGGUUCCCAAAAGUCUGACAGCCGCUGCGUUUAAAAAAAAAAAAAAAAAGAUGAAUUAAUGUGUGUUGAACAUCUGCAGACCUUACAGUAAGACCUAACCAGUUUGAUCCGACUUGUUGUUCCGAAGCGCAGCCGUCAAACAUAUUCAAACUGAUCCCAUCGGUCUUUGCAGGAUGCAGACAUUGGCGACCUUUGCCAUUCAUCGCUAUGGCAACAGAAAUCUUGAGUAUUGAUCAAAAAUGUCCAGGCUGGAUAGCAUACCUAAAUGCAUUUUAGAUUUAUAAUUCAGGCUAAAAAAAAAAAAAAAAAAAAAUUAAAUACGGUGUAAAAAUCUCAAAAGAGCUUACCAUAAGAUAUAUAUAUAUAUAAAAAUAUAUAUAAAUAUAUUUUGUAGAGGAAAACAUGAUGCACAUCAGAACUGAGAGUGAGAACUGAGUAGUGUGCGGUCUACUUCAGUGACACGGUGUAACAUGGUGUGAUAUCAGUGUCUUUACUGUAUGUGAGUGCUUAAAAAUGAAAUACUAGAAAUUAGCGUAGGAAUUUAAUAUCAAUUUAUUAUCAUAGAGAGAGAAGACAACACACGCGUUGGAAGCUAGAUUAACGGGACGGCCCUUGUUUUCAAGAAUGUAAAAGUCAAUAUCCUAUUAUUUUUGUACUCAUACGUUGCUUUGUACCGUAGCAAUGCAGAACUGUACACAGAGUAGAGAAGAAAUAUGUCGUCUAUCUAAGCUCCUGAGUUGUUCAGAAGAGAAGAAAUUGGUGCACCGAACUGUACUGUAUAUCUUUUUGUCUACAAAGAGAUCCUCACGGAAAAAAAUAAAAAUAAAAGACGGUAAAUUAGUUUUUAUAGUGUGUGUGAAUAGCAGAUAUACCUAAUUAUUUAUGGGCAACACCUUACCAUACUGAUCAUUGAUUUUCCAUAAAAAACUUAGUUUUUUUUUUUACUUUUUUUUCUCUCCUUUUUUAAAAUAUAAAUAUAUAUAUUUCUCGGCAUGAAUUGUGAUUUGUUUUCCAUUCUGUGGUGCUCUCCGCUUGUAGAAGCACUGUAGAUCCAAAUGCAUUUUGGACAGCUCCACAUUGAACAAAAGUUUCCCGACGUAAUUGUUUGUGUUUGCAGUGAAAGCCGCAGCGCUUCUCGACGAUCCAAAUCUGUCGGUCUCGUUCCGGCCCGGAGCAUGUGCAAGUUAGCCAACGUCUAUCCGCGCCUUCUGCUCCAAAGUGGAGGUGGAGCACCGCAGCAGCUGCUAAAUGCUACACCACGCUCUCAGUUCAGUGCUGUAAAUUGCCAAAAAAGAAAAAAAAAAAAGAGAGAUGACCAUCAACUUCAUUAUAACAACUGGUGCUAUAUAUAUACACAUAUAUAUAUAAAAAGCAAAAGUAAAAAAAAAAAAAAACAUCUGUGGUGCUUUUUUCUUUAAUUUCUUUGUUUUUGUCCUUGCUUCAGACAAAAUGUAGCUACACAAUCCUGUACUGUACUGUAGAUCGCUGUUUGGCCGGUCGAUCGACCCGCUGCGCUCACACGAGGCAGAGGUGUUGGAGUUUUUUGUUUUGUUUUUCCUCAGCUGUCCUUUCAGGGAAUUCCAAGAUCCAAUUAGAUAAACUUCUUGGAGGGGCACAUUUUAAAGCAACUAACUUUGAUAGAUCGUUGAUUUGAAUUGACUUUCUUGUUUUGUUUUGUUUUGUUUUUUGGUCAGUGCUUCUACAUCAGCCACAUGGAUGGGUGCAAAUAGUAUCUACACAUUGUCUUUGGUGCUGAGCGUAAUAACGUUCACAUUCGACUUUAGAUAUUUCAACCAUUAAAAAUCCCCGUUAGAGGCUUUCGAGCACGUCACAGGAAGUGAGUUUCCCUGCACCGGCGUCGUCACCCGGCUCGUUCCAGAUCGCGUCGGAAAGUUCUCGCGAAACCAAACUUCUCCGAAAACCCACGGAUAGAUGAACCGCAAGUAGUGAAAACGGUGUUUUGAUACCGGAGAAAAACAUAAUUCUGUGAGUCAAAUCUUUGUUGUUACUGCCUUGUUACAAAAAA